AUGGAACAAGCCGAGCCCGCCGCCGAAGCAGCACACGAAGCACACACAUUGCCUCACCCGGAGACAGCCUACUUUGAGCCGAAUGUACCCGAAAAAAGGGAGGAACGAAAUCAAGCCUUGCGCCGUUGCUCCGCUGUGCUUCUGGAAGCCCGCGCGAAAGGACUUGGAGCCUCACCCAGCCCGAGGUGGCAAUAUCUUCAUGGCGUGGCGGCGCCGCACCCUCAUCCUCUGGAAUCGGUUGUGCUCCGUGCUGAUAUUGGCCGCGUAUGUGCUCUGCCUCGGCAACAGGCAAAUCUGCUUAUCCGUCAUUUUGUGCGGGUUUCACGUGCCAUACCGCCUUAUACUGCUGCCGCUGCUCGCUGCACUCCUUUGGUUCCUGGUGGCUGGGAAAUGGAUCGGCCUUUCCCGCCGUAUGAACUUGACGUGACCAUCCGCGACUCUUUGCUUGGCUCAGCCCCUGGCCCCGACGACAUGUUGAAUGAAUUUCUACACCGUCUCGGGCCCGUUGCGCGCGGCACUCUUAGAACGAUGAUCCACAACCCCUUGCAAAUGGCAGCCUGCCUGAAGACUCCAUGA